AUGGCAUGUGCAAAAAUCUAUACAUGUAACUUUUUAAACAAUGACCUUUCAUUCCAGUCGUUGAUAGUAAACCAGCGUCCAGAAGUAUGGGAGGGGUCCGAGUUUAUACUGAGCUGCAUGGCGUACGGCUCCCCAGAUAUCGCCUUUACCUGGUACAAGGAUGGAGUCAAGAUUAACUUCAACGGCACCACCAGGGAAAUAUGGACUCGAACUGUGUCAGAAGACGCUCUUGGACGCCGCAUGUCCGUGUUAGGCGUGUCAGAAGCGAAGAAGCCAGAUAGCGGCAAGUGGUCCUGCGCGGCUGACGACGCGGGCAGGAGGCGGUGCAGGGCGCUACGACUAGUCGUAUUGCGACCUCCGGAUAUACGUCUGGUGCCUUCCACCCUCACUGUUAAUAAGGGAGACAACGUAAGCAUCACCUGUCUCGCAGGCGCGAGUCGGAUACACGGGGCGCUAGGGUUUAGUUGGGCAAGGGAGAGGACUCUACUGCCGCUAGCGCCAGGCCGAGAGGUCUGGGAGGACCUGUAUCCAGCUGGGAGUGUGCUCAAACUGUAUAACGUACAGAAAUCAGGCGAGUUCAGGUGCCAAGUAUCAUCAGUAGCAGGGACGAACGCGAAGGGGGUCACGAUGUGGGCGUUGGGGGUCAACGACGAGUCGUGUGACACUGAUGCGUCCCACGGACUGCGGUGGCCCAAGACCGCGCCGGGGGCGUAUGCGUCGGCUUCGUGCCCUCCUGGACAUAUAGGGGAGACUACCAGGUUUUGUGAACCGAAAACUGGACAACAUGGUGUGAAAUGGAAGCUACCAGACUUUUCGGGCUGUGUAGCUGAGUCAUUGAAAGAUAUUUACGAACAGUUCGAAAGCAUAUCCUAUGGUUACUCCUGGGGUAACGUGUCCAACGUAGCUCGUCAGUACGGAGCGGUCUUGCGUUCACUCCCCUCACAUCCAGGGGAGGGCACCCUGCCCCUCCACCAUACCAAGGAGAUGCUCAACUACCUGCUCUCUGCUGCUGGACAGCCUAAAGACAGGGUCGAGAGCAGUGAUCACCUGCUCAAGAUAUAUGACACGCUCUUGAAACACCCUGACGCUUUUUUGGAUGAAGAAAAAAUCUACGAGCUGCAAAACGCUAUAGCAAAUACAGCAGGCAUGAGGGACAACCUGAACAUCCGCUACCACGAGUUCACAGUGAAGACGAAGCCGGCACGUGAUGACAACGCGGCUCAUUUCGACCUGCAGGCCAGCUUCACCGGUACCGAGGAGUGGAUUCUGGCUUCUGCUGGAGUAGAACUCCUGACGAAGACCGGCAACGCAUCAGUGGUAUCUGUGCUGUAUCAUAAUUUGGGCGUAAGGCUGCCUUCUUUGAGAAGAUCCAUAGAGUUCAAUAAAUCGCCUUCCAGACAGGGUCGCGAAAUGGAGUAUUCGGUGUCGUCGCAGCAAGUGCAGUUGUUCGCUACUGGACCAGGAGUCGACAAAGCUUUACAGCAUACCGUCAAACUGCUGUUCACGCAUGUCAAGAAUUACAGCGCUGUUGCAUCAAAACUAGCGUGCGGUCUUCGCACACCAACCGAGCCGAGGACGUGGCUGACCAAGGCGUGCGAGAUUCGAAUACCGGAGCCGACGCACGUGUCCUGCAAAUGUAGGGGACUCGGGACUUAUGCCCUUUUCACUAUAGCGAGGUCCACACUUACAGACGCCGAGAAAGACUUGCGUGGUGUAGUGAAGAUCACUGCUAGUCUGGGCAGCGCGAUGUGUUUGGCGGCGGCCGCGUUGCAGCUCCUAGGAUUGGCGUCAGGAGCUAAGACUCGAUUGCCGAUCCUGUUGAAGGCUGCCACGGCUGGCACUCACUCGGCAGCUAUGCUGGCGCUGUUGGAAUGUGAUACUAGACAGGAGGAGGCGUGUCCAGGCACGCUGGGCUGGGUGUGCGCGGCGUGCUGGUGCGCGGGGUGCGCGGCGCUGUGCGCGCAGCCGCUGCUGCUGCAGGCCGAGCUCGCCGGCCGCGCACAGCGCGCGCCCUCCGUCGCGCUGCUGGCAGGCGUGUGCACGCUGUCGUGGCUGACGGCGCGCGUGUGGGGCGGCGCGCCGCUGCAGGUGGGCGCGGCGGCGGCGGCGGUGUGCGCGGCGGGCGGCGCGCUGCUCUCCGCGCUGUGCCUCGCGCUCGCGCUCACCGCGGCCCUGCGGCUGAGGGCUGUCAGACACAAGUUGCCCACUGAGAGGAGGAACUAUCUUAAUGACAGGGGUCGCGUGGUGCGGCACACGCUGGUGCUGCUGGUGACGACGUCGGCGGCACAAGCGGCAGGCGUGGCGUACGUGCAACCCGGAGAACAGCGGCUGCUGCACGUGGCAGCGCUCUCCGUCGCCGCACUUGCAAACGGUGUGGCGAUGCUGGUGUGCUACGUGGUGCGUGACGAGGAGUGCAUCCGGUACACACGGCGCGUGCUCGCGCUCGCACCCGCUCGCGACUGGCGCAGCGAACCCGCUGGCGAUACCUCGCUAAGCUUAUACAUAAAACAAGGUGGAGAAGUAGAGAGCAGAGGCGGCGUCGGGGCUCUGGAGACGUCCUCGUCACCCGUGUCUCCUGUGACGUCAUAUUGGCGAGCGCCUGGUCUGGAGAGCCCAGCGAGAUUGCAUAGCCGACAAUCGACUCCGGACAGCCGCGCGGACAUUGUCCGCUGCGUCGAGUACAAGGACUCGGUACUCAGCCCGCACCGCUACGACUCGCACGUCACCACGCACGCAGUGUGCGACCUCAUCCCUCACACGGCCCCCCAUACAAACCCCCACGCUGCCCCCCAUGUGGCCUCCCACGCACCCUCACAUCCCGAAUACAUGGCCCGAGUGUGCCUCGAGUUAGGCGUCUUGAACACCCCUCCGCCGAGAGACCCCGCACCCCUCCUCACCUGCUCCGUAGACUUCGAACCUUACACCGAAAAGAGAUUCGACACCUCCAAAGAGAGCUGUAGCAUCUGCGUCCAGUCAAACCCAGACGUGUCCAAAAUGCCUUCACCCCCCAUUAAAAGUUGUUUGAAGAAGAGUAAAAUAACUUCAAGUACAUCACUACCGUCCAUUGAAGUGAAAGACAAGUCAGACAUCGAACAGGUGAACAGAGAGUGGAAUAAAGCGUACGACUCGCCGGAAACGGAUAGGAUGCUAAAUAAAAUAUCGAAUGACCUGGAUUUUCUGCUAAACAGGACUCAAGACGGCAACAAAGAUGGUCUAGAUCAAAUAGAGGAGGCGCCGACCUAGUGAAGUGUUGUGAGCUAGAACAAUAAUGGAAACAGGGGUGCAUUAUGCCAAUAGUUAAAUUUGUACAUAUUUUAUAAAAAUGAUAUCAAAUGUA